CGUUUCAGGAAGUUUUUUGUUUUGACUUUUUUAACACCCCUUUAUUUGUCAUGUGACAGAAGCAGGUGUUUGUCUUCCACAUCAUAUGACGGGGAAGCCGGAACUUUCUGCACUGUUCGCAUCGGAAUGGGCGCUUUUCCCGCUGUCCUCGCGCUGCUGCUGCUGCCGCUGUUGACCUACAGCAGGUACCAGCCCACCUGGGAGUCCAUUGAUUCCCGCCCGCUGCCGGGCUGGUACGACCAGGCGAAGUUCGGCAUCUUCAUCCACUGGGGGGUUUUCUCUGUGCCCAGCUUCGGCAGCGAGUGGUUCUGGUACUACUGGCAGAAACAGAAGCAGCCGGCGUAUGUGGACUUCAUGCAGAAGAACUAUCCUCCAGACUUCAAGUAUCAAGACUUUGCAUCGUCCUUUACCGCCGAGUUCUUCAAUGCUAAAGAGUGGACGGACAUCUUAGCAUCUUCAGGAGCAAAGUACAUCGUUCUGACCACCAAACACCAUGAAGGUUUCACGCUCUGGGGCUCCAAAGUCUCCUGGAACUGGAACGCCGUGGACGUGGGGCCAAAACGAGACCUGGUGGAUGAGAUUGCGAGCGCCGUUCGUGCUCAGGGCGACAUGCGUUUGGGGCUGUACCACUCUCUGUUUGAGUGGUUCAACCCGCUCUUUGAGCUGGACGCCGCCAACCUCUUCACCACCAACUUCUUCCCCACCAGCAAAUCCCUGCCAGAGCUUUACGAGCUGGUGGUGAAGUACAAACCGGAGGUGCUGUGGUCCGACGGCGACGGGGAUGCUCCCGCCAAGUACUGGAACAGCACGGGCUUCUUGGCGUGGCUCUACAACGACAGUCCUGUACGAGACACGGUGGUGACAAACGACCGCUGGGGCCAAGGCUCCAUCUGCACCCACGGCGGCUACUACACCUGCUCCGACCGCUACCAGCCCGGACACCUGCUGAAGCACAAGUGGGAGAACUGCAUGACCAUCGACACAAAGUCCUGGGGCUACCGGCGCAACGCUGCUCUGAAGGACUACCUGAGCACAGAGCAGCUGGUGGGGACUCUGGUGGAGACCGUGUCCUGUGGCGGGAACCUGCUCAUGAACAUCGGGCCCACGCACGAUGGCAGGAUCGCUCCGAUCUUCGAGGAGCGCCUGAGGCAGAUGGGUCAGUGGCUGAAGGUGAACGGCGAGGGCAUCUACAACACAACGGCGUGGCGAGCACAGAACGACAGCGUCACGCCUCACUUGUGGUACACCUACCGGCCUCAGGAGAAGACGGUCUUCGCCGUUUUACUGCAGUGGCCCGAUAAAGGCUCCGUGGUUCUGACGGAGCCUGUGGCGGUGGCGGGCGUGACGAAGGUGGAGCUCCUGGGUUUCGGGGUUCUGCAGUGGCAGGCCAUGAAGCCCAGCGGCCUGCUGGUCGCUCUGCCCUCGCUGUCCGUCAGCCAGAUGCCCUGUCAGUGGGCCUGGACCCUCAAGCUGACCGGCGCCACCUAAAGGACGGCCGCGCCAUCACGCCAGAUCGGAAAGUUGGCUUUCAAAGGGCUUAAAAUACCAACACUAAAAGGGGCUCGGUUUUAUUUUUUUACCGAAAUAAAAAAAAAUUUGCUUCAAACUCUGAAGAAAUCUAGUUUUCUCGUCCAUAAUAGUUAUAAAUUACCUUUUUUAUUUUGGAAUUUUUCAGUGUAAUGCAUCACAUUUGAGGAAAUGAAACAUGUAUGUUUUGAAUAAAAUGAUUAUGUUUUAAUGAUUCAAAUAUGAUUUUAUAAUAUGUGCUUUGGCUUUAUGUCGUUUUUUUCCUUGUCUGUCGAAGGAAAAUAGACAAAUUCAAAACUCA